CAAACGACUACCAGUACCAAUAUUUUCGGCACCAUAAUUAAGGCCACUUGUUCCUUCCCCUAAUCAAGUACAACAACAUACAACAUACAACAACUACCUCAACAAAAUGUUGCUGAAAGACCUCUUUCUUUAGGUGGUCCGUCCUCAACAUGAACAUCCCUGAAGACAUUUUUAUUUUGACUUCAUUUUUAGUUUUUGUUUUUUGUUAGAAAGAACCUUGGUUUCUUGAAUGUAAGGCUCUCGAGAUAAUACUAGUCGCAGUGCGUGGUUGUAUAAGAAGGUUAAUGUACUCCACCCGCCGCCGGCAGGUACACCGGACAACACUGGGAUCACCCUUUCGGCGUUCUCGGAAUACAAAAAAAAAGGUGCCCUGCGGAGGCUAGCUGAUUGAUUGGCUGACUGAUAGAUUAGCUCUAACGUAACGCUCCUGAAUCCUGGGGAUGAUUGCUGGAUCGACUGCGGAAAGAAAGAUGGCCCCUGUGCGAGCUGCGGCUCUCGCGGCAUGUGCUGUCGAAAGGGAUUUGCGCACAAUGGAUGCGACGGUGCUACGGGAGGCGACGAUUACCACACCUGCGUCCAAGGUAAAAAUAAGUACGUGAACAUGAGUUGUUUGAUGGAGUAGAUCUGUUAAAUGCAAAUGGGUCCCUGAACUACUAACUUGGCGUACCCUGUGGAAGGUCGUGAGGCGAUAACUCCUAAAUUCUAUUUGAUCCUCUAUCCCAAUUGGGUCGUUGAAAUAGAAUUAGAACAAUAGAUGAGGAGUGAAUUAUAUUAAGUGAGUCGAGGAUAAAUCUAGGUGUAGAGUACGAUUGAGCUUCACACUCACGACAUCAGCCUACGAACCCGGCAAUUCGGUUCGCGUCCGUGACAGUGUGACUCUUGCAGAGAAAAAUGGCUUGACACGGGAUUUUUUCUACAUCCUGCUUUUAGGGCUACAAACAUAGCAAUAUUAAGUGCAUCUUCCUUGUUCCCACCUGCUGCUGGCAUUUUUCUACUGGUUCCUCCUUAGGAACAUGUACAUGAAUUUAUUUUAGAUAGAGCAGAUCUUGUCCUAUCCUACCGUUUAUUUUCAACAGGGAAAGAAUAAACGGGAAUCAGGAUCAUGCUCAUGGUUUCUACCCGUUUAUUCCCUAUUGUGCUGCGGUUUCCAAUUAUUCACUAUGUAUUGUGUAGGCCCUAAUGGUUGCGUUGGGUCAUAAUGUAAGUCCAUUAUGGAAUUAGGAUCAUUAUGUAGGCCCUAAUGGUUGCGUUGGGUCCCGGGAUAUUGGAAGAGUUGGCCCCUCCAGCACCUGCAGUGAAGGACAGACAAGGAGAUCAUUGGCUUGUUAGAUUUGAAAUUACGAAGUUCGUGUGCUCUUGGUGAACAAGAAAACUCUGGUGGUGGAAAUCCACCUUCAUCAAAUCUCCCUAAACGACCUUCAUCAGCGAUCCUAAGGAGCAUCACUUCCAAAUCCUGAAAGGAUCCCCUAUCUUGGGUCCUAGGAAGUCGAUGCGAAUCCUAAGGAUCCUAGGAAGAUGCGUUUUUAGGUACAUGCGGAUUCUCGAAAUGGAUUUCUCUUCUUACUAGAUCUAAUGAGAACUACAGCGGUCGUCAUGGGCAGAGGCAGACAACGUACUACCAGAUCCCAACAGACCUGUUGGUCACUGUCACGGAGAAGCAAAAGACGGUGUCAGUUACGGUGGAUAAAGUACUCUUUUAUCCAGGACGAGAAGUGGUCACCGUCACAAAUGAAGAUGAUCAUGAUUUCAAUUAAGGCUUCCCCUAAUCGGAUUAUCCAUCUUCGGACGCAUCCUCAUCAAAAGGCUUCUCAAAGGGAAAAAGAGCCAAAAAUGGACGCGAGAUGGAUUAGGUCGUGCUAGGGCGAGCUCUAACUUAAAAAUCAUGUGGUAAAAAAGCCACAGGAGAUUCAACAUCACAUUUCGACACAAGAAACAUCUUCUUCAAGCAGUGUCGUGGUAAAGCCACGCCUUGCAGCAGUUACCUAUGUCGCAGCAUAUGAAGGACAAGGUCUAAAUGAAGUAGUGACUUUUCGUGGUAUUCUUAAGGCUUGGGAGUUGGCAUCUCUAUGCGCGUCUCCAUGGCUAUCUCAAGUAGGAAAGCCAUAGAUAUGCGACCUAGAGAUGCCAACGCUCAACCUCUAAUAUUCCUUUCGGACAGGCUGAGUUGUUUCAAGGGCCGAAACAUCCGAGGUACGAUCAAUUGGGGG